AUGAUCAACACUCUGCACUCAAGAGGAUGCGAGCUCAUCACUGAUUUGGUAUCCAUACCAUCACAACUCCGAAGAAUACCAAUCACAGAGGUGACUAUUCAUCCCGAAUCGGAUGCUACAUUUGUGUUGGCUGACCUCCCGCCGACACUCAACAUCCUAUCCCUCAACUACCUCGUUCCCUCCCAGCCACCAUUAGACUUGACGCACCUUUGCUCGCUCACCUAUCUAAGCCUUGAUGGCAUACAAGGUCCCCUGGAUGGUGCUAAACUGCCAGAGUCGCUCACUGAGCUCUAUCUCGACAGCUUCUUCAACCAACCUGUAUACAACCUUCCGGCCAGCGUCACCAAACUCAGUCUUAAAUGCAUGGUCUACCCGCACAAGAUUGAACAUCGACCUCUUCAGAAGAUCGACAUUCACGAUUUGUCGUCCCUCUCGUCCAACACAGACUGUCCACAUCUACGUGAGCUCAUUAUUGAACGUGUCAAUCAAAAAGAUAUCUCACGAAUCACAUCCUCAUCAUUCCCAGUGUUGGAGAAGCUCAAAACCAUGCUAGGUUCUACAGAGCUUGAGGAAUUCAAUCUGUCGACACUGCCCGCGUCACUACGCAUGCUUGACAUCUCGCAUUACGGACAGAUGGACCCACAAUCACUGCCAAAUGGAAUCACCGACCUUCGAAUAUCAUACGAUGAAGGUGACACCCCACUGCCAAACAUACCUCCAAAUGUCCAAACACUGACACUUCAUGGGUAUCAUGACAAGUUGGAUGUUUCCAAGUUACCUCAAUCAUUGACCAGUUUGGAACUGUUCAGUCAUAAACAACAAGUUGAUCUGGAAGUAUUCCAACAAUUGCCAUCAUUGCGUUGUUUGGCUUGGUUUGGAUCAAAUCAAUCAGAUAAUAUCAACCACACUCUGACAAUCAAGUCAAAUAAAUCAAACUUGUCAUUGAUCAUCAAGACCUUGCAGGAAUCAGAAACAGAUAAUAAUAAUAAUAGCAAUCAAUGGAUACACUACCUCUGA